AAGAUCUGUAGAAUAGUUUUGUGCAAUUCUUGAACAGCAAUCUGUCGUAACUCAAAACACACGUCAACGUAAACGCUAUUAAGGUCAACGUUAAAAUGGAGUCGAAGUGGGUCGUACCCACAGCAAACGACAUGAUCCAUUGUAUCACGCGUGCGCAAUCCCGCAUUUGUGUUUCUACCACGAAAAUGGAGUCAGCAAAGACGUUGGAUGAUAUGCUGCUCUCAGAGGUCGAUGAAUCGGCCGUGACUGCUCUCGUAGGUUCGCUGGAAUCUCAGUUGUCAUCUUCGAGUGUUCAGAAUCCUAGUCGAGAUACAUAUACAAGCUCGAUAACAAACAACGAUAUUAGUAGUACACAUAUUAAUUCGAGCGCAAGGGUCCAACAACGACUACAGAAUGGAGAAAAAGCUAGUAGGCCUAUCGUAGCGUCGUCAAGCUCCGACAUUGCUUCAGGCCUGACGUUAGCAAGUUAUCAACAGACUCACAAUCAACACGGUCAUGAGAAUGAGAGGUCAGGAAGUGACUCAAGAACUAUUAGCACAUCUGGUGAAGUUAACGACACAAAUAUAGCUCUUCAUUCUUCAAUCGCAACCAGAGCAAUUAAUUCUCUUGGUGCAUCUGCUAACUCUGUAAUGGUAACCCUAACUGGCGCAUUAGGCCUACCAGCAAGUGGAUAUAUUAGUCAGUUGCAGAUUCCUAGGCCUAACGCGAAUGUCAGACCUAGUAUUAGUGUUACAACUCCGCAAGACUCAACAGGUCUUGCUGGUGGAAGAGUUAGUGUGAAUGUCAGACCUGCUGGUUCAGGAUCUGCUAUUGCGAUAAGACCUGUGUCUUCAGUGCCAGGGGCAAUACGUCCCAUUGCAAUAUCAAACAAUAACAUGAAAACAGUUUAUUCAUUACAACAAGUUGGAACAGAGUUGAAUUCGGCCAUUAACAAUAGUACAAAUGGUGUGGGUACAAGUAAUGUCAGACCUACUGUUCAACCUCAAGCCAAGGCUGCUUCAGCUGUUCCAAAUGGAAAUAUUGGUAUUUCAGGAACAAAUGUUGGUCUAGGUUUAAAUGGAAAUGUUAUUGUCAGUCAUUCAGGACAGCCAGUGAUGCCUGUAGUUACUGGAACCACUGUUUUAGGCAAUUCAUCAUCAAAUAGCAAUGUGACAGCCAGUUCUAGUAGUGCUGGAGCAAUUUUUAACUUGGCAAAUCUUCAAGGAAAUUUAGUUUCACAACAGCCACAUGUCAUUCGUAGUUUAGCACAUGGAACCCCAACUAUUUCUCAGCAGAACACUUCAGAAACCAAACAAAAUUUGACUGGUGUGAGACCUAUUUUAAAUGAACAAAAAGACCAAAAACAGUUGAAAGAUGGUACUGUGCUAAAGCAGUUAAGUGGAACUUCUCACACACAGAACCUGACAAGUAAUGUUAUUCAAAUGAACAACUCUCUUAGUGUGCCUGUGCAAGCUGUUUCAAAGGCGAUAACAUUACAAUCACAGCAACCUGUUACCAUUUUUAAUCAAGUAGUAACCAAUCCUACAGUUCUUCCUGGAGUUCAUUUAGCCAGUGUGAGUGCUGCCCGCCCAAAUACAGGAACUACAAGCCAAAAAGCUUUGGCACCUAGAGUAGUCUUAAGUAAUCCUGUUCGCCUUGCACCAUCACCUCAGGUGAUUACGGCGCGACCUGGUGGACCUGGAAUACAAAUGGCUGGUCAGAACACCAUAACACUUCAACCCGGAGCCUUUAUGAGAGGAACACUUCUUGUGAAGACAGAAAAUGGUCAAUUUCAAGUGGUUAAUCUUGCCCCAGGCCCCGUUCAAAGUUCUGGUGCAACCUCUGUGAGCAAAACACCAUCAUAUCGACUUCAGAAUGUGCAGCCCGGAACACAGAUUAUAAGAACUUUGACACCCCAAGAAAUUACAGCAGCACUAACUAUGGCUUCACCUACUGUUACAGUGAAACAGACUACAGCAGUUCCAGCCACAAGAACUGUGCUGCAGAACUCUACGGCAGGACCAACACUCAGUAGCGUAAACAUACCCCAGCCUGGCACAACAAUGGUGGUCAGUACCUCAUCUUCAGCACUCACGCAGCCGCUUACUGUUCAAACGUCCAACAUAAACUCACAAGCUGCUUCAACCACCUCUCAGAACGGACAAGUACAAGCCGAGGACUUCACGCACCAACUCCAAAAAGAGCUUAAUUCAUCACCACAGCCUUGUCUUGUACCAUUUCUUAAGAAAAGCCUUCCUCACCUCCGUCAUUCCCUGGUAACAGGAGAGUCAGUUAUCGAUGGAAUACGUCCCCCUCCUGCCACAGCUUUUAUUCUGCCAACAUCAUCAGCAACAGUUGCAUGUAAUCAGAUCACCAACAAGACUCUUGUUAACCAGCCUUCAGCACAAAUCAGGGUCGUGACCCAGGGAUCACUUAGUGCCCAGUUGGCUCAACCUGCUGGGAUCAUACAGCAGAGAUUGUCAGCAGAUGCUGGGGCCAGAUUUAAAAGUCUUCUUGUUUCAACCAACAUAACCAAACCUUCAGGUAGUCCUGUUGUUUUCUCUACUGCCACAAUGGGAACUCUUCAGUCAAAAGCUGCUUCUCAAGCAAGAAACCUGGCUAAGGACAAGAAAGCAGCAACGGCUGUGAGUAGAGAAGAUGAUGAUUUUAAUGAUGUUGCUGCCAUGGGUGGUGUAAACUUAGUUGAGGAAAGUCAGAAGAUUCUUGCAUCAAACUCCGAGAUGGUGGGGACAGAGAUUAGGUCAUGCAAGGAUGAAAACUUUUUGAUUAGUGGACCAUUAGAAAGGAGAAUAAAUAAAAUAGCUUCUCAGCAUGGUCUAUUUGAGGUCUCAUCUGAUGUCAUAGCAAUUGUGUCUCAUGGAACAGAAGAAAGAAUUAAGAAUCUUGUUGAAAGACUCGGUAUUAUAGCUGAACAUCGUCUAGAAAGCUUGAAAAAUGAUCCGAGGUACGAACUCCAGCAAGACGUUAGGGGUCAAUUAAAGUUUUUAGAAGAAUUAGAUAGAUUAGAGAAAAAACGACAUGAAGAACAGGAGAGAGAAAUUUUAAUGAAGGCUGCCAAGAGUCGUUCCAAAGUCGAAGAUCCGGAUAAGAUGAAAUUGAAACAGAAAGCUAAGGAGAUGCAACGGGCAGAAUUAGAAGAAAUGAGACAAAGGGAAGCAAACAUGACAGCUCUUUUAGCCAUUGGUCCUCGAAAGAAACAGAAAUUAGAUAUAUCUAAAACAGGACUAAAUUCA